AUGUUUAAAUCAUACCUCCCGGGAUCGGCCCUUGUUUCUUCUCACUGCUUCGCUAUAUUCAUGAAUAUAAUUUCCAGAUGCCAAGACGCUGACGCAACUCCUGUUCGAGGUCAUAUGUCACCUCAUACCUUUCGCGAAGAGUGCAUCACGCUAGAGUAUCCUACGCUCGAUUGUUGUAUCAACUUUUCAGAGGCUAUACAAGAUAAUACAGCGUAUCAGUUGCCGGCACAAUGGCGGACUAGGCGUACGGCGAAGCGGAGUACGCUAGCUAUGAAUGGAAUGUCAUCACCUGACCCGGUCCUAGUAGCGGCCUUUCCCGAACCACUCAAGGCAGCUAUUCUGAGAAGCCAGCUUCAUCCUCAGGUAAGGAAUAAGACAGGAUUUAUCUUGAGCCCCCGGGUGAAGCCAGCGAUAAUUGGCCUAGAAAUAUUUGAAGUCUUGGCUGAGGAGAGAGACAGAGAAUGCGUGCGAGAGAGAGGGGCUGAGAGGGGAGGAGGCAUUAUUUUAAAGGGCGAGGUAGCCGUGGAAUGCGGCGGUGGGGAGAAGGCAGCUACCGUCUUACACACCAACCGGCCUCUCAAGGCAACCCCCACCACCCUCCUCCUGCUCUCUGUUGGUAUUGCAUCUAUAUACAAAAAACAUCCUAAACCUCGUCGACGUCCACACUCCGGAAGAAUAAACCAUCAGACAUCAAGCAUAAAGAAUCAGCUUCCGGAGAAGGCCGGAGUUGGGUGGGACCUGACGGAUGGUCCCAGAUCUACCUGUUUCCACUUCACGCUGCAUAAUCUCCACGGGACCCUUUCUAGCAUUAUCAAUCCUUUUCCCAACUUCACUGUCUCUGACCGAACUCGCAUUAACUUUCUCCUUCUGGAUUCCAGAUCUAUGAAUUGGAUUCGAAUGGCAGAGAACAAAAGACAGGUUGUGCAUGAAGUCAGCAAAGAUAAGAAGAAGCGGCGAGAACUAGCAAUGAGAGGACGAAGAGGCGGGAAUGGAGGGGCGGGAACCGGUCUCGAGGCGGGAGCUACUCUGGAAUGUACGAGGUUCAGAGCCGAGAAUGAGGCGGCAUCCCGGGGCAAUCCCCUUCCAGUUCCCGAGAAAGUAGGAGGAGAUUCCUAG